AUCGCGUCAAGCCUCGCCGAGCGCGUCUCGAGGUGCGAUUCAUGUAACGACACCAGACAUCAGCAUCCGCCAACCGUAACAAUGGUGACUUUGAACGACAUUGCGGGCUUAGGCCUGCUCCAAAAUCCUUCCGAAGCAGCGACGACUGCUCUUGAGCGGAGCGAAUCAAACUACAAGUCCCUCGAUAACUUUGCCCUGCCAAAAGAUCGCCAAUACCAACAGCAGUUUGCCGACAUUUACUUUCUCCGUCUUGCGAAAAUCAAGCCCGCCGUCGAGGAGGUAGCCAGCGCAGCAUGGGAGGGAACCGAGCUCGGCGGCGAGACUGCGACAAAGGUGGACCGAGUGCUGGAUGUGCGGCAGGGCCAGUUGUGCUGGGUUGCCGGUACGAUCUACAUGGACAUGCCACUUAAACCCAGCGUCCUGGAGGAUGUUGCCAAAGACCGCUGGAUUUCGGCCCCUACGACGGCAGACCACUACUAUUCCGAAGCGGGCGGCGAGUCGAUCAUGCUCGAGGAUGACUCCGGCCGCAUCCGCCUUGUUGGGGACGUGCUCAAGAGCUACUUCCUCGUCACGGGCUGCAUCAUUGCCGUGAUGGGCACCGAGAAUGUUAACGGCGAGUUCGAAGUCAUCGAUCUGAAGUUCGCCGACCUCCCCCCACAGCCCGACCGCUGGGCUCUCUCCAAACCCGCUGGGAGCGCCAGCAAAAAGACCAAGGUCAAAGACGAAGACGUCGAGAUGGCCGACUCCCAACCCUCCAAAAAGAUCGCCAUCGUCUCGGGUCUCGAAUUCUCCGGCACCGACACCUCCUACGCAAUGGAACUUGACCUCCUCCUCGAGUUCCUCCUCGGCGAGGCCCUCGACCCGGCCGCCCAGUCCGAGCUCGCCCACAUCUCCCGGCUCAUCAUCGCCGGCAACUCGAUUGCGAAGCCCUCCGAACACGACGCGGCCGACAGAGACAAGAAGGGUCACAAGAAGUACGGCUACGACGCCUCUUCCUACAAUCCCGUCCCCUCCCAGCUCCUCGACACCUUCCUCUCCACGCUCCUCCCCACCAUCCCCGUCACCCUGCUCCCGGGCGCGCACGACCCAGCCAACGCGAGCUACCCGCAGCAGCCGAUCCACUCGGCCAUGCUCCCCACCGCGCGCACCUACACCUCUCCGCCGGGGCAGUCGAGAGAGGAGCAACCCGGCUGGCUCGACCCGGUCACCAACCCCUGGGAGGGCGAGAUCGAGGGGUGGCGGGUGCUGGGCACGAGCGGGCAGAACCUCGACGACAUCUGCAAGUACGUCGACAACAGCGACCGGCUGGGCAUGAUGGAGGCCAUGUGCCGGUGGCGGUGCAGCGCGCCGACGGCACCGGAUACGCUGUGGGCCUACCCCUUCCAAGAGGACGAGCCCUUCGUCAUGAAGGAGUGUCCACACCUCUACUUUGUGGGCUGCCAGCCCGAGUUCGGCACCAAGGUCAUCGAGGGCCCUCAGGGACAGAUGGUCCGGCUGGUCUUGGUACCCUCAUUCGCGGCCACGAAAGAGAUAGUGCUGAUAGACACCGAGACGCUCGACGUGUCAAAGGUGAAAAUCACGAUUUGAUCUUGUGGCUAGCUAAGAAUGCAGGCGCGAAAUUGAUUUGCAAGGGCUCCGCCACCAACCACUCGAAGCAAGAGUGCCGCCUUGCUAAAUGCCACCGAUAUAUGUCCUCCCAAGCAAGAUUACCGCGAAUGUGUGUCCAUGAUAUCUCGUGGAAUAUCUCCCGUGCCCAAUUAUCCCCCCCCCCCUCUCAACACCGUCGACGGCAGAAUGCUACCGCGAAUGCUAGAAUGCUUCUCUCCGGCGAACCUCACUAUCGGCGGCUGCGACCGCAUACGUCUCCAAUCGACUCCGGGAUUCCA